CGCUCCAACGCUUCUCUUUCCCUCUUUUUCCCACCUCCGCCUCCCAAAUCAUCCACAAUCGAGUCGGUUGAUCCUAACCCAACCACCCCCCCUUCCGAAUCACGGACGCGGUGGAUACUCUUGCAUUGGUCUCUACGCGAUCGCCUUGACUCGCUUCCUUUCGGAUCUCUCGCUACGUGUUGCCAUUUCGUUUGCGACACCCCUUUUGAGAAGCGGGCUGUAGGGGCGAAACACCUGAUCCUGUUGUUUUCUGGAUACAGCGCGCGUCAUUAACCCCCGGGUUGCCAGGGACUCCCACCACCACCCCGCAUUGCGCGGGCUUCUUGAUAGGCUUAUUUUGUUUGUAACCUCCUUUGGGAUAGUGCAUUGUCUUUUUUUUUGUGUAUUCUCUUUCCGCCUUUCACAUCUGCCGCCAUGUUCUAUUCGGAGACUCUUCUGUCGAAAACCGGGCCGCUGGCCCGCGUUUGGCUGUCGGCCAAUCUGGAGCGCAAACUGUCAAAAUCACACAUUUUGCAGUCGGAUAUUGAGAGCAGUGUCAGUGCCAUCGUUGACCAAGGUCAAGCACCUAUGGCUUUGCGAUUGAGUGGCCAGCUGCUGCUGGGUGUAGUCCGGAUCUACAGUAGAAAGGCGCGCUACCUCUUGGAUGACUGCAACGAAGCGCUGAUGAAAAUUAAAAUGGCCUUCCGGUUGACCAACAACAAUGAUCUCACUACCACCGUCGUCGCACCCGGCGGGAUUACUUUGCCUGAUGUCCUUACAGAAUCCGACCUGUUCAUGAACCUCGAUUCCUCCUUGCUCCUACCCCAGUCCCUCAAUUUGGAGCCGGAAGGAAAGCAGCCCGGAUCAUCUAUGGAUUUUGGUAGCCAACUUCUCCCCGAUAGCAGUUUCCGCCGCUCUGUUUCCCAGGAACCACCACGCCUUGAAGAUCAUACUUUAGUCGAUCUUGACUUGGGAGAGGACGAGACGCCGUUGGGCCAUGAUUUCAGUAUGGAAGUUGGUCGAGAUGCUCCGGCCCCACGUCCUGUCGAGGAGGAUCUUUUCAGUGAUGCUGGCAAAUUUAACGACGUUGAUCUACCUCUGGACCUCGGUGAAGAUGAUGCUCCCUUGGAUAAGAUGGACCUCGGCGACGAUGGUCCUCAAGACACACUCCUGCAGGCGGAUGACACUCUCGAUCUCGGUGUUGAGGAAGGCCCGGUCAUUGAUGACAACAAAGCCGACGAUUCCGACCGUGAUGAUGAACUCAGCGACAUUGAUGAAGCUGGCAUGGAGGAACUCGCACAAGCUUAUCAUGGUAUUUCUCAGCUGGGAGCCGAAGAAGGCGAAGAAAGAGAAUCGGAGGAACUUCAGGUCGAACAAGUUCAACAUGGCCAGCGCUCCAAGCGGCGCAAGGUCGAACUACCUCCGAUGGAGGCUGAUGAGAACACCCACUACAGCGGUCCAGAGAUCAAGGCACUGCGUGAAAUGCACGCCGAAAUCAUUAAACCAGCAUCGUCUUUGCCCCGGGACCCGGUUCUUCUCACCCUUAUGAACAUGCAAAGAAACGGAGAUUUUGUGUCGAACGUGAUGGGCGGAGGUCGUGGACGUGGCUGGGCCCCCGAACUCCGCGACUUGUUGUCAUUUGACGCCGUGAAAAAAGCUGGCGAGCUUAAGAGGAAACGCGACAGCGGCAUCUCGGACAUGGAUAUCGAAGCGGCCACUGCCCCUGCGUUGGAGCUGGGUGAAGAGGAGGCAAUUGUGCCGGUAGACGAGGGACUCGGUCUCGACUCGACGCUGAACCAGCGGUCCGAGAUCGAAUUUCCCGGUGACGAAGAGGAACAGGGUCUGCGUAUGAGCGAUGAUGAGGGCAUGAAUCAGCCAUUGGACGACUUUGACGAGACGAUCGAACCGGCGGACAGCGGACCGGUCUCAAUCGGCACCAAGCAUGCUGUUCAUAUCCUGCGCGACCGCUUGGGAGAAUCUGCCGCAGAACAGAAGAAGAGCGUGAAAUUCCAAGAGCUUCUGCCCGAGAAGAAGGCUUCCAAGGCCGAUGCCACCAAGAUGUUUUUCGAAGUCCUGGUACUGGCUACCAAGGAUGCCGUUCAGGUCGAACAACGCUCUGAUGCCGUUGGAGGACCUCUCAAAAUCCGCGGAAAGCGUGCUCUCUGGGGCUCGUGGGCCGAGGAGACUGCCGGCGGCGAGUCCACUAGCCAGCCUGCUCCAGCAACCGCAUAGAUGAUGUCUUUCGUUCUGUACAGUCGGUCGCACUUUUCUUGUUUUUUUUUUUUUUUUCUCUUUGGCUGUUUGACCUUUCGCAGACACCUUCGGCCUUUCUUUUUUCCUUUUCUCUUUUUGAUUUCUCUUUUACCUGUGACUGGCUUAGUUCUACUCUGUGAAGAACCCCCUUUGUAUUUGGAUGCAGGCCCUGUUUGCUUAAUGAAUUGGUGGAGUUUGGGAGUCAGUUUCAAGGGUUUUGAGAAAAGGUGGUUCUGGAUUUGAUUCUUGCGAUGUCCGGAAUUAUUGAAUUUCCGGAGCGAAAUGGUCCUGGAUGUUUAGGUAGCUUCAUGUUAGUAGUAUUAUAGAAGCGAGUCACUGAUUCCAAUGACAGCUCUGCUCUCUUAACUCU